UCCAAUCAAUCUCUCCCUCCCACUGCCCUACCCCGCCACAAUACAUCUUCUUCCUUCUUCAGCACAGCACAAUGCCCCACUUCUUUAUCACACCAGAACCAGACGCAAAAUCACCACCCUCUCCUCUAUCUCCACCCAACCCAAACCCCCACUCGAGUCCAUGGCUUCCACGGCCAACCCAUUCUCUAUCUCCAUCUCUUCCAAGCCGACCCUGAAAGCUUCUGUCUUCACGCCCAACAACUCGGCCGAGCUAUCUCUUCGGGUUCAGAGCUCUAAAGCCGCUUCUCUGCGGUCUUCGUUCGUUUCGCAGAGCUCCGUUGAGUUGACUCGGCUCGGGAACUCGGCGUUGAGAGCGAGUCGAGUGAGAUCGACGUCGAGGAUUAUGGCGAGUUCGGCGCAGGUGGUUGAUCAACCGCCGAGUAAAACGGGUCCUGUGGUUCCCACCAUUGUGGACGUGGAUUUGGGUAAUCGGAGCUACCCAAUUUACAUCGGAUCCGGACUUCUCGAUCAACCCGAACUUCUUCAGAGGCAUGUUCAUGGAAAGAAGGUUCUUGUGGUCACUAACAACACAGUUGGGCCAUUGUACUUGGAUAAAGUUGUUGAUGCUUUGACAAGAGAUAACCCAAAUGUGUCGGUUGAGAGCGUGAUUUUACCAGAUGGUGAGAAAUAUAAGAACAUGGAUACUCUUAUGAAAGUUUUUGACAAGGCUAUUGAGUCAAGACUGGACCGAAGAUGUACAUUUGUUGCCCUUGGAGGUGGUGUGAUUGGUGACAUGUGUGGCUUUGCUGCUGCUGCUUUCCUUCGGGGUGUUAAUUUCAUUCAGAUUCCAACAACUGUUAUGGCACAGGUUGAUUCUUCUGUUGGGGGGAAAACUGGUAUAAACCACCCUCUUGGGAAGAACUUGAUUGGUGCUUUUUACCAACCCCAAUGUGUGCUUAUAGACACAGACACACUAAACACGUUGCCAGAGAGGGAACUGGCAUCAGGGUUUGCUGAGGUCAUCAAGUACGGGCUGAUUAGGGAUGCAGAAUUCUUUGAAUGGCAGGAGAGGAAUAUUCAGGCUUUAAUGUCGAGGGAUCCAGGGGCAUUGGCUUAUGCUAUAAAGCGCUCAUGUGAAAACAAGGCUGAGGUUGUGUCCUUGGAUGAGAAGGAAAGUGGACUGAGGGCUACACUGAAUUUGGGUCAUACAUUUGGCCAUGCAAUAGAAACUGGGGUCGGCUAUGGGCAGUGGCUCCAUGGGGAAGCUGUUGCAGCUGGCAUGGUUAUGGCUGUUGACAUGUCAUACCGCCUUGGUUGGAUCGAUGAAUCACUUGUGAAGCGAGCUAACAACAUUAUCAAGCAGUUCAAGCUACCUAUUGCCCCUCCUGAAUCCGUGACAGUGGAGAUGUUCAGAUCUGUAAUGGCGGUUGAUAAGAAGGUAGCUGAUGGGUUACUAAGGCUCAUCCUUCUGAAAGGUCCUUUGGGCAAUUGUGUUUUCACAGGUGAUUAUGAUAGAAAAGCCCUGGACGCUGAACCUGCAUUUUGUAUUUUAGAUGGCCCCAGGCUUCCCUUUAAUUUAUUGGCAAGAGCCUUUGGCGAGUUGUAAUGUUAUAAAUUGUUGCAUUUACAAUAUAUUCAAUUCUGGGAAAUCAUGUUAUUUCAAUGCUUAUUCGAUUGUGGAUAUCUGGAAUAAAAUAUGCACAUGCUUUUCUAGUUCCAA